AUGUCUCAGGGGCCUGGGCUGGAUGGGGGGGGUCUGCAGGCACACCUGCCCAGGUGGACACGUGCUCUUUCUUCCAUGCAGGUGUGCUCCCCAGAAGGGGGGCCGCUCCCAGCCAACCACUGGGACCAGAACGGCCCGGCCCAACGCCAGCAGCAGCUCCAGCCCAGCCAGCCCAGCCAGCCCCAGGGGUCCCUCCCAGCCCCGUCGGUACUCCCGGACCCCGGGCAGCCCUGCCAGCCCCAGCGGCCACUCCCGGGUCAGCACAGCUGGCCUCAGCAGUCACUUCUGGGCCUGAGACAGCCCUGCCAGCCCCGGCGGUCACUUCUGGGCCCUGGUCAGCCCUGCCGGCCCCAGCGGUUGCCUCCGGCCCCAGAUCAGCUCUGCCGGCCCCAGCGGUCACGCCUGGCUCAGCCCUGCCGGCCACAUUGGACUCUCCCAGGCCCCAAGCAGCGCUGCCGGCGCCUGCGAUCCCUCUUGGCCCCCUGCCUCCACUGCCGGCCCCUGCGGUCCCUCCUGGCCCCGUGUCACCGCUGCCGGCCCCUGCGGUCCCUCCUGGCCCCAUGUCACCACUGCCGGCCCCUGCAGUCUCUCCUGGCCCCGUGCCUGCACUGUUGGCCCCUGCGUUCAUGGGCCACCCCAUGUUUCUGUGGCCAGCCCAGUAGGGCUUCUUCAGGACAGCGCCGGCCCCUGCGGUCCCUGCUAGCCCAGUGCCAGCAGUGCCAGCCCCCACGGUCACUCCUCACCCUGCGACCACGCCGCCGGCCUGCCAGCACCCUCUCAGGCCAGUGCUGCUGCCCCCGGCGGGCACUUGUAGCUCCACACAGCCAGCCCCGCAGGUCCCUCCUGGGCCAGCCCAGUCGCCCCCAGCGGUCACUCCUAGGCCUAAGUCAGCCCCAGCAAUUAGUCGAAGCCCCAGAACAGCCUGUCCAACCCAAACCUCCACUGCUGGGCCCAGGACAGCCAUGCCAACAAAAGCGACCGCUCAUGGGCCCAGAACAGCCCUGCCAGCCUCUGCGGUCACUUCUGGGCCCAAGCCAGCCCUGCAAACCCCAGCCAUUACUUCCCAUCCCUGAUCGCCCUUCACUCCUGGGACAGCUGGGUCCACCCCGCCGGCCUCUCCUAGGACCCCCAUGCCAGCCACGGCGUUCCCUGUUGGAUCUGGUGCCAGCCCGUCAACCCCAGCUUUCACUCCUGGCCCUGGGCCGUCCCUGCCGGCCCCUAAGGUCACGUUGGACCCGAUCCUCUGCCCCUGGGGUGGCCCGCCAUGCCCCGUCUCCACCGGGACCUGGGUGGUGUGUGCCUGAUUCUGGGGGCAGGACAGGACUGCCAAUCCUGCCCCUCCCCAGCAAGCAGGACCACGGAUGCAGGGCCUUGCAGACACUCAUGUGCACAGCUGCAUGCGCUCACAUGAGUCCCCAUCCCCAAGAGCCUGCUGGCAGCGCAUCUCCUAGGGGCCUUUCUCCUGCCCACAUGCCAUGUGGUGACCACCUGCUGCAGCAGGUGCUGCCAUCAGCACAACAGGACUCCAGCCUGGACAUUCCCCCUGGCUGA